AUGAACAAUCUCAAACCCAUCCAAGCUAAUAUUAUGAAGAGCCUUAACGUAGUAAUCAGGACUCCUCUAGGCGGUCGUUCCUUAUAUAUUGUGGUUCCUCUCCAUGCCCAAGGCUACAUUCGUCAUGAAUUCCUGAUCGAUGGCUUUGCUGAAGGUGAAAUCCACCGCACCCGCCUGAUUCUCCAUUUCCCUGAGGAUCCAACAAGGUUUUCUGGACUUGUUGUUGUCGAGCCUUUUGAUCUAUGGGGUGGACUCCAGGUAUGGCCCAAAGUAAAGCGGUGGAUUAUGAGAAGUCCUAAGUCAAUUUCUCGCUGGAAAUAUUGUCUUCUUCUUUCAUCUGACAAUUUCACAGGCCACGCAUGGAUUCAAAUGGACUCUCAGGCCCCCGGUGCCAUGGAGCUCCAGCACUCGGACAAGCGUUACAAGGACAUCCGCUUUAUCCCAACCUCAACCUUCAAGCAAACCUCCGAUUGCAUUCCGCAAACUUUGAAUGUUCCCGAGCCAGCAUCUGGAUGA